AUGAAGCUAAAGAAAGGAGCUCUUUUAAAUUAUCUGGACUUUGACAGUGUCUACUGUCUUCUCUCCCUGCGCAACGCCAAAAUACUGUCUGAUUACUUCAAACUACUGGAUGUCCACAACAGGAACACUCUGAAUGACAUCCAGUUCUACCACUUCAUGCACCAUGUGACUGACCUGAAGAAGAAGGAGAUCAUGAUGACCUUUGACAUGCUAGACUGGAACGCCAGCGGAGAGAUCGCCUUCGAACAGUUCUACAUGCUGGUCUGCAUCCUGCUCUGCAGCGAGUACCACGUGGAGAAGAACUUCAUCUUCCGUCACUCCAGGCCGGUGUUUGAGUUGCUGGACAUGGACGGAGGUCGCACCAUCAGCCCCGCCGAGUUCCAGGCCUCUGGCUUCCUGUUCAACCUCAAGGGACACGCCCUCGAUAAGAUCUUCUACGAGUUCGACGUCUCCGGAGACGAGGUACACUGACUCUCUCUCUGGGUUUGAAGCCUAUUCACUAUACUGUAUAGUGCAUUACCUUUGACAAGGGUAAGAUCUUCCAGUUUGAUGUCUCUAGUUAGAGACAUGCUACUCUAAGCCGUGAUACGUCCUGAGCUGUCCAGGGACAGCGAUGUCUCUAGUUAGAGACAUGCUACUCUAAGCCGUGAUACGUCCUGAGCUGUCCAGAGACAGCGAUGACUCCACUACCCAGCUUUAGGUUGCCCUCUAUGUGUUUGUCUUCAAAGCAGACUAUACACCUCUGUGUCUCCCUUAGCACCUGAACUACAAGGAGUUUAAGAUGUUCACUAUGGCCUGUAUCGACAUGCAGGAGGAGACCAAGAAGAUGCAGAAGUAAGGAUUUAGUCUGAUAUGUUUGGAUUAUUUUAUCAUUGUUGCUUGUAACAUAUUUCUAAGCACUUUUACUUUUCUUAAUUCGUAAUUUAUUUACUUUCACUGCUUGGAUUUAAUAUAUUUUUUGAAGAACGUAUUAAUAUGUUUUAAAUAAAGUUGGAUGUGUUUUGAUCCCAGGUUACAGGUGAGGAGAACCAACACCCCCAGACAGGAGAGAGGUGCGACCAAUGCAGAGGUCACACACACACCUCCCGACUCACAAAGCGAAUGCAGCAGCCACACUGACUGAGAGAUAUGGAGAGAGGGAGAGAGGGAGAGAGGGAGAGAGGGAGAAAGAGGACAAUAGAGGAGGAGGGAAGUUGUUUACAAGGCUGAGAAAAAAUAAAGCUGUUUGUUUAGGAAGUGUUUCUUGUCUAUGCCUGGCAGAGGUGUUUGUAGAGUGCGUCAGAGUUCAUGCAGGUAAGUGUGUGAAUAUGUGUGUGUGUCUGACAAAAACGCAACAGCUAUACCAACAUGAGCCAUCGAAACUGGCUAUCCACCUCUGCCAAAGGAACUACACGUCUCUUCCAACCACAUGUCUCUUCCAGGGUUCCUAUAACUCCUCUGUACCUCCGACUCUGUGUGACCUGAGGGAAGUCCUGAUGUUUCUGGUUGACUCCGAGCACACAGAAACACCCUCACUUCUCAGAAACCCCAGUCUCACUAACCUUUCACUCCGAUACCACUCUUGUCCAUGUGCAGACUCUCUGACCACUCAUACCCACCCACUUGCUCAGAGGGAAGUGUACUGCAUGACACAGAUGUACAUGACAUCAUCCCCACUUCCAUCAGAGACAGAGAAAUCGUCAACAACGAUGAUGUAAUGCAGAUAUCUAUCGUUGCCUAUUGGAUAAUCACCAGUUGCUCUAGUACCACAAUGCACCAUAACCACCAUCAGUAUAAUGUCAUGCAGAAUCCCAGUUUCAAGGGUUUUCUCAGUCUUUCACACCUCCCUCCAUCCAUACUCAGUUUAAAUGCCAUGGCCUAUUCAUGACCCUUGCCCCCUAUGGUUCAGCCACAGUUCAUCCCGUGGACCUCCCGAUCAACUGUGUGCACUGUACCUCUGAGCCAACAAAGCCCUCCUCCACUUAACCUGCUCAUUACAGAGGAACACUGGCUCAUAGUACCUCUGAGCCAACAGACCUGUGUCUGUCUGUCCUCUCUCUGUGCCUUUGCGUGCGGCAGUGUUGGGAGAUCUCAGCUGGUGCUCCUUCCUCUCUGUGCCUUUGCGUGCGACAGUGUUGGGAGAUCUCAGCUGGUGCUCCUUCCUCUCUCUGUGCCUUUGCAUGCGGCAGUGUUGGGAGAUCUCAGCUGGUGCUCCUUCCUCUCUCUGUGCCUUUGCGUGCGACAGUGUUGGGAGAUCUCAGCUGGUGCUCCUUCCUCUCUCUGUGCCUUUGCGUGCGGCAGUGUUGGGAGAUCUCAGCUGGUGCUCCUUCCUCUCUGUGCCUUUGCGUGCGACAGUGUUGGGAGAUCUCAGCUGGUGCUCCUUCCUCUCUCUGUGCCUUUGCAUGCGGCAGUGUUGGGAGAUCUCAGCUGGUGCUCCU